UGUGCGCCAGCGAGGUGGUGUGUUGCGCGCCGCCGGCUCACACGCACGCGGUCCCGCGUCCUGCCCUCGCAGCACAAAGCGCCCCAGCAGCCAUGCUGCUUCCCGCGCGCUUCUGAAUCUCCCGGCUCGUUCCCUGCACACUGCGCCGACACCACAUUCCUAUUAUUUACCUUCCCGGUGAUAAUAAGUUUUUGCCCGAAAGCAUCCACUAAGAAUCACACGACGUUAGUCAAAGCAAAUAAAACAAUACCCGCGGAAGGCUCUCUGAUCUUCGAGGGACGGAGCACGUGCUCCAGUGCCUGACCGAGGCGUGUUUCCUCGAACACACAGGCAACGCGACUGGCAGUGAUUGCGUUCCCAGCUGCCACGACUCGUCAGGAAAAUCAACGCUACUAUAUUCCGGUGCUAGCAGCCCAUUCCUGGAAGGGUUUCUGGGUGCUUCUUCGCUCAGGCUUCUCCGAAAGAUUUUACGCCUCACCUUUCUGCUAGAGUGCAUGUGAUUCCGAUAUUUGCUGCAAGUUCGUCUCACAUCAAAAGCUGAUCCAAACAGACGGCAGCGGUAUCAUAGUUUUACGUGACGGAUAUUCACCGUUGAAAGGGUGGUCAGCUCCCUGAUCGAGCAGCUUGAGCUACCGCGCCGGCAGCCCUUCGGCUACAGCGGCGGCCUUCAGGAGCAGUCAGCUGUUCCAUUGAAACCAACGGAGACAUCACGUGCAGACGGGCUUUAUCGCAGCGGUAUAGUUCGAAGUCUUCACGUAAGCUCUUCCGUCGUUCCAUAAGUCUUGUGCGGGACGAUUUCUGAGCGCAUCUUCCGAGAGGCAGUCUUAUAAAUAAGGUGAAGCAAGGACUGUGAGUGCCAGGUUCCAGCAACGGUUGUGAAGCCUCUGUGCUGAAUAAGGUCUCCAUCUCUACGGACGUAAUGCAUGUAUGGAGAUCAACUAACAAGGUUCUGAGGACCCAUCGUCAAGCUUCCAGUGUCGCUUCAUUCACAUCUGACCGCCUGGGGCGAUACGCCGUACCAACGCCGAAGAUCCUUCCGCAACCAUGAUCAAAAGAGUGGUUGGCUUGUUAUAAUAACAAGCUGAAGGCUAUGGAGUCGUGGCAGCCAAAUCCGCGCGCUCAGCCUUUCGUUCCAAAGCGAAGCCAUGGACUCUACAGUCCACAGACAGUAAUAACACGUCCGCUAAAUCGGAAACGCAUUCUAACGAAAAUAUUCAAGGCCCUGCUGGUCGUCGUGCUCCUAAUAACGAUUGGCAUCAAUGUGAUGUUCAUCAUGGACACCAGUCGCCGUCUUCAGGAAGAAGCCUUCCGCGCCAAGGAUGGAGGAGAGUUCGUUGAUGGCGAGAGCAGAAGAAAUAGCCUGAGGCUGCAGGAAAGUCAGCCCAAAUCCCUAGCAAUAGAUGUUCUCUCCAGCCAAUCCAAGGUGUCUGUUUCAGUUGAUGGUACAACGAUUCUGGAGGACAACGAAGAGCAUAAGGGCCGAGGAAUACAUGUUCUAGUAUUGAACCAAGCAAGUGGAAGCGUAAUGGCACAACGAAUAUUUGAUACCUAUUCCCCACAUGAAGACGAGGCCAUGGCUCUAUUUCUUAAUAUGGUGUCAGAUGGAAGGAUAAUCAUUUUUGCUAUAAAGGAUGAAGGAACAUUUCAAAUGAAACAGCCUGCCCGAGAUUUGUUGAGACGUCUUGGCUCUAAGCGUUCACAAGUAAUAGGAUGGAGGGAUAUGUGGGCAAUGGUAACACAAAAGGGCUCAAAAAUGUUUGGCGAAUCUUAUAGUAAAAGCACUGAAUUCAAUACCUGGGGAGCCCCAGUUAUGCUCCAUGCAGAAAUUCCCCUUGUACCUGCUGAAGACAGUGAAUGUUAUUGGCCAGACAAUGAGGAAAACAGAAGGCGAAGGCAGUUUUGUAACCACAUUGAAGGUUACGGAAGUGUCUGCAGCUGCCAAGACCCUGCACCAAUAAUUUUUAGCCCUGAACCAGUAAUAAACAACAAGGUCCAUGAUGUACCAGUUGCAAUCAUUGCCAGCAACAGGCCACAUUACUUAUACAGAAUGUUGCGGUCCCUUCUGUCAGCCAGUGGUGCAAACCCAGAAAUGAUUACUGUUUUCAUUGAUGGAUACUUUGAAGAACCACUGGAAGUUACUAAACUGUUUGGUUUACGAGGCAUUCAGCACACACCAAUUGGAGUUAAAAAUGCACGGAUAUCCCAACAUUACAAGGCCUCUUUAACAGCUACCUUUAAUAUUUUCCCACAGGCCAGAUAUGCGAUUAUUGUAGAAGAAGACUUAGAUGUGUCUCCAGAUUUCUUCAGUUAUUUUAGCCAAACUCUGAGAUUGCUUGAGGAAGAUGAUUCAAUCUACUGCAUCUCUGCCUGGAAUGAUCAAGGAUAUGAACAUACAAGUAGUGAUCCAAGCUUACUAUACAGAGUAGAAACAAUGCCUGGUCUUGGUUGGAUACUAAAACGAUCUCUUUACAAGGAUGAACUGGAAUCUAAAUGGCCAACUCCUGAGAAGAAGAUGUGGGACUGGGACAUGUGGAUGCGCCUUCCUGAAGUACGAAAAGGAAGAGAAUGUGUCAUACCUGAUGUUUCCAGAACAUACCAUUUUGGAGCAUCAGGGCUCAACAUGAAUUCAUAUUUCCAAGAUGUGUACUUCAAAAAGCAUUCAUUCAACACACAGCCAUACGUUGAAUUAAAAAAUAUAGACAGUAUCAAGAAAGAUAAUUAUGAAGAAGUGAUCAUUGGAAUGAUAAAGCAUGCUAAUAUUUUAGAUCACAGCAAGUCACCAUGUGAAGAGAGUUUUGUCCCAGAAAAAAAGGGAGAAACAAAUGUAAUGUUCAUUAAAAUGGAUGAGCCCAAAGACUUUGCAACAUGGCUUCAAGUUGCUAAGUGUUUCAAAAUAUGGGACCUCGAUGCUAGAGGUCAUCAUAAGAGCAUGUGGAGGAUGCAUAUGAAAGGCAGUGAAAUGCUAGUAAUAGGAGUUCCAAAUUCAGAAUACUCAAUAUACAAGCCAUCAAACAUAACACCAAUAUAUUUGGAAGCUCAAGCAGAUAAAGGGAAGAUCAGGUAGCAGCUCCUCAUUGGUGGACAAGAUUCGUCAGACAUUUGUUGUCACAAUCCUGAGCCCCAUAUUGUGCUUUGUCAUAAGUACAAAAACUGAACUGCAUCUCAAAUCCAGUAUUUACAGAUAGUUCUGCAAACACAACAGUGGUGUGAAUAAAUGUGAUGAGGCAUGUGUGAGAACUGUAAACUGUGAUUUUUAAGGCAGUGGAACAACGUGAAUAAUAUAACAAGUGUGAUGCUUUGUGAAUAAAGAACAUUUCCCCUGUUAACUGUGACAAAAUGUGUAGGUGACUGCACAGUAAUGAAAUAAUUCCCAAUUUGCAAAGAUGUAAAGUACUCUCUAUGUGUAAAAAUAAAAUUUGUGAAUGUUGUAGAAUUGCCUGUUUUGCUCGCUAUUUGUGAUUUUACACACACUGAGUAAUUAAAUGUGUGAUUUACUGUUACCAAUAAAAUAAAGAAAUAUGGUAAUAUUUA